CAGAGCCUAGGGACUCGGGCGAAUCAGUGAGCGAGUCCCUCUGCCAUUUGCGCUUCGGUACGCGGCAGUAGUGUUGCCCGGUUUCCCAGUGCGUCCCGCAGUCCGUGCGUCCCGCGAGCCACCUCCGGUGUAUUUCCCAGCCGAGUGUCCCCGAGAAGUCCAGCGAGCUCGAAACGCGAUGGCCGAUACCGAGCCCAAGGAAACCAAGAUCGCCUCCACGCCGGAGAAGAAAGUCGUGGAGGAGGAGAAGAAGGUCGUAGAGGAGGUCGACGAGGACUCGAAGACGUCGGAGAAUGGCGACGUCAAGGAGGCGAAGGAAAACGGCUCCGUGGAGGAGAAGGACGUAGAGGAGAAGGAGGCAGAGUCCACCGAGAACGGCGACUCGACCGAGACUCCCGCCGUAGACGCCGGCUGUAUAAAGAGAAAAUCGGCGGCCGGUCUGGAGGUGGCGGCGGACACGUCCGCGGACGGGGCAAGUCCCGAGAAGAAGGCGAAGCUCGAGGAGAAGCCCGUGGAAGCGGAGAGCAACGGUGACGCGGAAGCUAAGGCCUAAUAUUAUCUCGUUCUCGCUGUUCACAGACCCAACCGAUAGACACAGUUUCGAGAUCUAUGCGUUAACGACAUGAUACUACAUAAUCACCUGUGUGCCGUCACAAAAGGGACGAAGUGUCGAUGGCAAAACUCUGAUAUUGUUUAACCGUUGCGUCUCUUCGCGUCGAGAGUGCGAGCGCGUUUGUUCGCUGCGACUCGCAAGUCGGGGACCGUACCGAUUCGGUUGCCGUUUUCAUUAGCGUUCUACUUAGAAACAAUAUCUUGUCACCGCGAAAGUCCGCGCGACGACGUGCGCGCGACAGAGACACGUACACCUACACACACGCAACCCGCGCACACGUUUACCUACUGUUAUAUUUUUAAAUUAAGGACUAAUAGGAGUAAUGUUAGAUAUACUGUAUUCGUACCUCGGGGGAGGAGCACGCGGUGCUGGAGGUGAGAGAGAGAGCGCCGUUCCGAGAUGCUCGGCUGCUCCCACUAGGCUGGGCCCCCCCCUUGGUACGAAUGCGACGAAAGAUAGACGAACUUGCGAUAUCAGAGGCAAAAGAGAACUUAUUUUUCUGUGAGCUAAAAUACAUUCCUGCGACACAAUUUGGCAAACCCGUUGUAAUUAACGUGACAACUGUUUAAGGCAUACUAUUUAUACGAUUUCGACCCUGCACGCGCGCGCGAGAGAGAGAAUAAAGGGGAGAAAGGAAGAGAAAAGGGGACCACCAUUGGUGCAACAAUGGCCCCUGUGUGAACCUCUUUGCUUGGAAACACCGCGGACAUCCAUGCCUUUUAACGUUACACUUCUUGGCAUCUGACAAUCCUUUCGUUCAAGAUUGUGCACAGUGUCGGGCGUAUGUUUCGAUUUAGGUUACUUGACGGAAUUUUCGCUCCUCGAGGGGGACAACUUUCGAGCGACUCGAUUGCUUUAAUUUAUUUUACUUUACUUUUAUUUACUUUUCCUUUUUUUUUUAUUUCUCGUUUCGUGGGGUCAACACUCUUUUGACGUUUAAAAUGUCUCAGCGGUGCGCAUGGAACUUGAAUAAAAAGAUUGUCGAGGCGACGCAGUUAGAGGUUCCUUCUUUUCUUUCGUUAAGCUUUUUUUUUUUCUUCCGUUAGACUUCGGGCACAUUGAUUUAACUGUCAUAUUAUUCACCACGGUGCGAUACCUGCAUUUAUAUGUACCUUCGAAAGGUUUCGCGGUCGACGUACUGGCAAAAGUUAGUGUAAAAAUAAUUUAAUGGAGACGAUGUGUAACCCUGUGAAAUAGAGUUGUCCUUCCAGUACGUAGAUUUAGCAUUUUGAUUUGGUGUCGAUCUUUGCGGAACGGUCGUGGUAACCUGUGAACUUUAAAUUAGACCAAAUACUGCCAUCUCGAUCCUUUUUUUUUUUUUACGUCCGAUCAUUUGAAACGCCGAGGUUUGCGCUCGGAACACGCUAGCUCAUGAACUUAUCGUACAAAAGUAACGGGGUCUAUAACAAUAGAGUAAAACAGCUACCUAAUGUUAAAAACAAAAAAUAAACUAACGACUACGAAGUAAAUAUUAUUACCCACUAACAAAGGAUAUUCAAUGUACAGGAUAAUAUAUAUUUGUGUAACUCGAUGUGUUCGCUACUACAGAUAAAAUAAAACUGGUUCUCUAGUAUGGCAAUAAAACACCCGUUUUAACCAGUA